CUACAUACAACGAUCUUCAAAACGUUGCUCCGUGAUCGAGUCCCACCCGCGAUCGACCUAUUUUUCAUCCUUCCAUCCUCACUUUUCUUCGCCCCUCCCCUCGUUUCCGACCGCAUAUUCUGGGACAGCUCUCGACCCCGUGUUUCGUGGAUUUCGGGACUAUAAAAUUUUUCCUUGCUCUUGAGGGUUGACGUCCCCCCAGCGAAUGCUGACGUCAAAGGAAGGCUUUCGCGGAUUGCUCCCCGAUCCCCAUUGAUGGGGCUGCUGACAUGAAUCCCGCAACCUUUUCCAAUGUCGGCGGGGGCAUGCCUGCCGGAGCCAAACCGCAUGGCCAGAUGCCAGUCCCCCAGAAUAACGAGAGUGGACAGGUGAUUAUGAACCAUGUUGCCCAAGCUCUGCAGUCGCAGGGCCCUUUCACAGGAUGGAGAGGGGAAGUCCCCAUCAAGGAUCGAGCCUUGAAGGUUUAUCAAAUGAUCACAUCUCUUCGUUUAAUCCAGCCCCGAAUCGAUCUACAGAAUGCCGCCCAAGCUGCCCUGAGGUUCGAACAAAAAGCAUUCAAGGACGCGAGAGAAAAAGUUGAUUAUGACAAGGAAUGCAAUGAGAAGCUCGUGCAUAUUCGAGAUACCCGAGCUAGGCAAGCGGCAGUAAUGCAAAAUGGAAUGAUGCCACAAGGAGCAACUGCGGCUGCAAUGGCUGGUGUAGCGCAGAAUCAAGCCCAAAAUCCAUUUCCCCAGCAGCUGAACCGACCUGUACAACCUUCUCCGAUUCCUGGUCAACAACAAAUGCCGAUGGGUAUUAAUAAUCCUAACCAAGCUGCAAUGCAACAACGCCAGCAGCAGCAGCAACAACAUCAACAUCAACAACAGCAACAGCAACAGCAACAGCAACAGCAACAGCAGCAGCAGCAGCAGCAACAACAACAGCAUCAACAGCAGCAACAGCAGCAUCAACAACAACAAUCGCAGGCAAUUCUCCAGCAACGCAACCAGCAAAGAACCGGGAAUAACGUAUCACUGCCUGAUGAUCUAAGCACGCUUUCGUCCCAAGAGUUUGACCACGUUUGUCGAUUGGCUCAUCAGAUGCUUGAAAAGACUUCUCCGGGAGAUAUAGAAAAGAUCAAGUUGAAUUUGCAGAACAUGACUCCUGAACAAAAACAAUAUCUAGUCAGGAAGAAUAUGGACCCGAUGAUCUACUUUUUUCGCACUCAAGCUCUGAAUCAUCUGAGGAGACAUAAGCGGAAUCGCAUGGCACAGCAUGGCGGAGUGGAUCCUGGUGCUGUGAUGGGCGAUCAGAUAAUGACACCUCAACAGCGACAAAUGUUCCAGAAUAUGAUCAAUCUCCAGCGCAAUUCAGGGUUCCCCGUGAAUGCCCAACAAGGAAUGGAAUCAUUCAUCGGUAAUGUGGAAAAUAUUCAAGGGCAACAGGCGGAUGGAUUGCGCUCACAGGAAGCGGGCCAGCUUGUGGUACCUGCCAGCUCGUCUCAAAUGAACCAGCAGCCGUUCGCAACACCACAGAACGCGUUCCAGCCUGGUCAAAACGGCCAGACGAAUGUAAAUGGAAGCGGCAUCAGCCCUCAAUUCCUUGCCCAGCAGCAUUUGCAGAAUCCACAAGCCGUUCCACAAGACAGAGCUCAACAGCCUAGCCAGUUCCAAUCUCAGUCUCAAGCGCAGUCACAAGCACAAGCACGGGCACAAGCAGCCCAAAAAGCUCAAAUGGCAAUAUCGUCCCAGGCUAGUCAAGUGAAUCCUCCAAUGCAGCAACAGCUCAGCCAGCAGACUCCUGCAAUGCCAAUGUUAAAUCGCCCUAUGGGAUCUGGACAGCUGUCUCCGGCGCAGGCCGCCCAAGUCCGGCCUGCAUCACGGCCUCCAGGUAUGGGUCAGCAUGCAGCUGGAGUUCAGGGUCUUGGAGGCCAGCCAACAAUGCAAGCUCGACCUCAGAUCCCCCCUGGACUGCCGCCGGCAGCCCAGGAACAGUUAGCUCGAAUGACCCCAGAGCAGCUCAAUGUUGUUUUAAUGACCCAACAGCGCCGGGCUCUAAUUAAUAAUCAAAACAUGGCGAGGGCUAAUGCCGCACAGCAAUCAAUGCCUAUGCAACCAAAUUUGUCGCAACCUGGCCAAGGUCAGCAAAUGCCAAACGGGCAGAUGGCCAAUAACCAGAACAUGCGAACUUCUCUUGGUCUUCAGCAGCAACAACUCACCGGCAUGAGUGGGGCGCAGCCGCAGAAUCAAAUGCUUCCUGGGCAACAAUUGUCCGUGCAGCAGAGGCAGCAGCAGCAACGCCAGCAUGAUCUGUACAAAAUGCAUCUUCUGCGUUAUCAAGGUGAAAUGACGCCUGACCAGCUCAAGGAGAUGGACGGCUUCCCCUUUCCACCUUCGAUAUUGGGUAAUAACCCGAACUCGCCCGUCCCUAAACAUAUCAAAACUUGGGGUCAGUUGAAGCAGUGGGCGAACUCAAACCCGCAUAUUCUGGGAGGGGUGGAUUUGCCCAAAUUAUUGGCUCUUCAGAAGUACCAUCUUGCCCAAAUGCUGGCACAGGGCAAGGAGAACGCUCAGAAUGGGCAGGCCGCUGGCAUGUCGAUGGGGUCUUUUCAAGGACCACAACAGCCGUUUAUGAAUCCACAGAACUUGCAAAAUGGCCAGCAACAGCCUCCUAUUAAUAUACCUGCCAUGCGACCAAUUACCGCGAACGAUAUUCAAAUGGCUCGACAGCGUUUCGGUCCUCAAGUACAAAAUUUUACAGAUGAGCAGCUUAAGGAAGUGUUGCAGAGAAAUAGGCAGAAGCAUGUUAUGGAGGCGCGAGCCCGGAGCAUCCAGAGCCUUAAUCAAGGCCAGCAGACCCAACAAUCCCAGCCGCCUUCGGCCACCGCACCGCAGAGUACUCCCCAAGUUAAGCCUCAAUCGCAGCCGCAACCACAAUCACAGCCGCAACCACAACCGCAACAGCAACAGCAGCCGCCACCUAGUCAAGUACCUCAGACCGCAGUGACUCAAGGGGCAGCACCCGGCAAGGGUGCGAAAGGAGCUACUCCGAAACAGAACACAAAGAGAAAAUCCAACAAUGAGGAAAUCGUUGAAGCACAGAGUAAUCCUCAGCAAACGCCGCAAGUAGCAGCAUCGCAUGUUGCCCCGGGCUCUGCUCCCAGGCCACCAAACAUGCCAUUUACUCGUGAACAACUUGCUGCCUUGGCCACAAUGACGCCACAACAGCGCGCGCAAGUCGAGGCUCAAAUGCGGAGGCAGAAUCAGCAGCGUGUCCCAAUCAGUAAAGCCUCAGCAGAGGAGGCGUGGCGCAACUUGCCAGAAAAGAUCAGGCAGUUGUACAACGAAAUCGCGACCCAUACGGCACCCGCGGAGCCUGUGCCUCUCACACCAGAGCAGAAAACCACCAUGACCCAACAGCUCCGUGAUUGUACCGACAUGCUUGGUAGGAUGGACACGUUGGUGCAGUGGUUCUCGAAGAUCCCUGGCCAAGAUAAGAAUGUGAAGAGUCUUCUUGCAAUGCGAAUUCAAUUGAUGAGGCAGUUCAAAGACGGGCCGGAUUGGACGCUCAAUGAUCACAUCACAAUUGCCCCCGAGCAGCUGACAGGCACCAUCAAUUAUAUUAGGAGAUUUUUCCAGGUCAUGAUCGCUCGCGUGAAUCAGCAGCAGAACCAGCCUCCUGGCCAGCGACCCAGUGUUUCGUCACAAGCACAGCCGAAUAACCAAAACAUGCCUGCUCUCAAUGCGACUAAUCUACAACAGCUUCAGCUUCAGCAGCAAGAGGAAGCUAAACAGCGGGCCCGACGGGCUUCUAGCCAAGGUACUACUGGGACCACAGCAGUGCCGCCAGCACCAUUUGGAGCGCCAUCUCCCCAAGGGGUUCCUCAUGCUUAUGGUCCUGGAGGCAUGCCUCCCGACAAGUUAAAGCUUCCACCACCGAAAAGACGGAAGCAGUCACACGCGGGUCCCACCCCCCCAAGCCAGACCCAGGCUCCGGGAACCCCAAGUUCCAAGCCCCAAACAACCAAGCAGUCAGCUGCCGACACGAAGCCCGCCCCUGCAAUCUCGGCAGGCCCCUUUAAAUGUAGUCUACUGGAGUGUCACUAUCACUACCAAGGCUUUGCUACCCAAUCAGCUCUAGACAAACACACCGACGAGAACCACAAUGUUGAGGAGUCGAUUGAUAACCCUCUUGAGUUCGCCAUCGAAGGUUUCCGAACUCUUGUUAAAGAGGAAAAGAAUGAAGCUCAGGACUCCAAGAACGGUCUCGCAACUGUUCUCGAAAUUCCUCAGGCACCUCACAAGACUGGGGCAGCUUCGUCUCCUGCUAAAAACGAAGUAAAGCACGAAGGAAUGACACCGAUGAUCACCGGUGCAACUUCUAUGGGACGCGUCCCCAGCCAAAUCGGACCCAAAUCCGCCUCGCCGGCAUCAAAUCUACAACUGACCCCUCGGCCAUCAUCGGGCAAGCCGCCUACCUCAUCCUCCAUGAAGCCUGUCAUGAGCAAGGAUGGUAGGAGAUUAGCAGGAAAACCAGAGGACCAGGUACCGUCUUCUGCUGAGGCAACCAAGGACCCAUGGGUGGACAGUGCCAUCUCUCUGGAAGCAAUUCACGAUACGUUUGUGGACUUUAGGGAUGAUGGGCUCCACAGUCUAGGCUUCGAUCCAGUCGACGAAUUCCUCAAUGCCGAGAUGUUCACCAAGGCCCAGUCUCAGGACACUCCGGACUCGGUUGAGACGGGCAUUGCUACUCAAACCCCCAAGGACAAUGACCCUUCAAAGGAUGAGGACCUUGACAUUAAGAUUGAAGGUGCUCCUGAGGAUAAUUGGGUUCCUAUGGAUUGGUUCCAUCUUCCGAGCCGAUUCGAAGACGGCCUUUUAAUGAAUGAAUCCUGGGAGGAUUUUGAUUGGGAGACAAUCGAUAGGAAAGAAACCGACAUGAAUGUUGAUGACAGUGGAAUCGCCAUCUAUGCCAUGUAACAUGGUGCAUAUUUUGAAUUAUGAUCUAGGCAAGCGAACGGCGUGUGGGUUGAUUUUAUUUUUGGCGUACAUAUGAAUGAUUAUGCAUAUUAAAUGAGGCCAGCGCGGGGAGGUUUUUGUUUUGGUUGUUAUUUUCUUUUGAUUACCUUUUCUCCUGAUAUCUUCGCUUUCUUUUCUUUCAACCUUUUACUCUCACUUGAUUUAGCUGGAUCAGCGGAGGCGUUAAAAGGAGCGGACAAAAGAAAGAAGAAUCCCUCGACCUGACAUGACAGCAUCGAGCCUUUCCACAAGCAGGGCCGAGGCCUUCGUCGACUGGCUGGACUUCUUGUGUGAUAUUUUUCUUGCCAUAAUAAUACCUUUUUCUGUAUGAUGGUCCUCCACCAAAGGAUGAUGCUAUGCGUAAUUUAUGAACAAAAUGUGACGGUAUCACACGACCCGUGGUACAAUACAGUUCGGUAACGUCAGUACCAGUGGACCCACCAGAUCCAGCCAAUCCCAGC